GCGGUUCGGCGUGCUUAGUCAAUAUCUGAGCUUUAUAUUCCAAAAGAAUUUCAAAUAGAAUCAUGUCUGAGUUCAAAAGUGUUGUGCCCAAAACUAUAAAUCCCGAUCUGCAAAAGGAACGCAAAGCUGCCACCUUCGAUGUGGAGGAGUUUGCCACUUGGUGGCACGAUGGGGAGGCAAAGCUAAGGGCCAAGCGUGAAGUCGAGCGUCAUAUCUUUGCGAAUCUGGAGGAUGGCUAUGGUAUUAACCAUGAGUAUAUGUCCCACGAGGACGUCUACAAUACGGCCGUGCGCAGAGUGGCGGAAGCGGCGCCCAAGCUGAAGGCACUGCAAAAGAAAUUGAAUCCCGGCGGCAAGGACAUUUGGCCGGGUAGCCUCUUCAAUACACACUCCCAUGGACUGUUUCCUUCCAAUCAUCCGCUUGCCACCCAUGCCACGAUGUUCACGGAUGUCAUAAAGGGUCAGGGGACGCCGGAGCAGGUGGCGAAGUGGAGCGAGGCUGCGGAGAACUGCAACAUAAUUGGCACCUAUGCCCAAACAGAGUUGGCCCAUGGCACCAAUGUGCGUGGCAUUGCAACGCGCGCUGACUUCGAUGCCAAGACGGACGAGUUCGUCCUGAACACCCCCAAUCUGGAGGCCUACAAGUGGUGGCCCGGUGGUUUGGGUCAUACGGCCAAUCAUGCCAUGGUUGUGGCUCAGCUUUAUGUCAAAGGCGAGCACAAGGGCAUUCAGAUGUUUAUAGUGCCUGUACGGGAUGCGGAAACCCACUUGCCAUUGCCAGGCAUUGAUAUUGGGGAGGUGGGGAAGAAGCUAGGCAUGGUUGCCGUGAACCAGGGAUUCCUGGGGCUAAAGAACGUACGCAUUCCACGCACCAACAUGCUGAUGAAGCACGCCAAGGUGCAGCGCGACGGCACCUUUAAAGCAAGUCCUGCUUCCAGGGUCAACUACCUGACCAUGGUCUAUACGCGUUGUCUCAUUGUCAACCUAAACAGCACGCUGCUGCUCGAGGCGGCGACCAUUGCGACACGUUACUCCGCAGUGCGUCGGCAGAGUCCCAUCGAGGAGAAUGCACCAGAACCCCAGAUCAUUGAUCAUGUGACGCAGCGUUUGAAGCUCUUCCCGGAGAUAGCUAACGGCAUCGCCUACCACUUGGUCGCCAAGCAUAUGUGGGAGCUGUACGAUCAGACUGUGCUGGAUGCGAACAACGGCAAGUUCGAGCGCCUGCCCGACAUGCAUAUCAUGUCCUGCGCCCUCAAAGUUCUCUGCACCACCGAUGGCUGUGCGGGCAUUGAGCGCCUGCGCCUGUCAACUGGCGGACACGGCUAUCUUAUUUCCGCCAAUCUGAGCAACAUAUAUGGAAAUGCUGUCGCGGCAUAUACUUAUGAGGGUGAAAAUACAGUACUCCUGCUCCAAAUAGGACGCGCCCUGAUCAAGGCCUGGAGGACCUACACUCAGCGCGAGCCGCUGUCGCCUUCAUACGCCUACUUCGAGGAGGCCAUGCGCCAGCGCGAGUUCCCCAAGUGGGAGAACUCGUGGCAAUGCAUUAUAAGGGCGCUCCAAUAUACAGCGGCACAUAAGACACGCAUUGCUUACGAGAAUCUUGCGGAACGUAUUGCCGCCGGACAGUCGCAAGCCGGGGCAGCGAAUAAUACCGGCAUAGAGCUGACACGCGCCGCUGAGCUGCACGGUCGGCAGUUUGUCUGUAAUAUAUUCCUCGAGCAAAUUAUCGGAGAGAAGGCGAGUCGGCGCUCAAAGGCGCUUAACGAUGUUUUGGAAAAUGUUCUUGAACUAUUCCUCGUCCAAACCGUGCUCAAUAAUUUGAACGACAUCUUGAGAUUCAUUCGAUUGACUGAUGCUGAUUUGAGGUCUUUGCAAAAACGAUUGGAAGUGGCUCUGGAGAAAUUCCGUCCCAAUGCUGUGGCCAUUUGUGAUGGUUUCGAUUUCCACGAUUGUGUUUUGAAUUCGUCCUUGGGUAGCUAUGAUGGCAAUGUGUAUGCCCGUCUCUUCGAUGCGGCCAAGCGCAGCACAAUGAACCAAAAGCCAGUGCAAAAGUCUUUCGAAAACUAUUUGAAGCCGCUGCUUAAAGCCAACUUGUAAAUGGCUUAUGAUACGAGACUAGAACGACACUUAAAGGAAUUAUUUGGAGUCAGCAAAUAAAAUAAAAGUCCAACACACAGUUGUAUUUUUGAUUGCGAUUCUAUUUCAUCUUUGUCGAGUUUCUAUUCCUCAAUCGAGCAAAGUCUAGUCUGGUGUAUAUUGUAGUAUUAGGACCACUUAAAUCUGUCAUUGUCUAAAAAGAAAGCAAUUAAAACUAAAAACUA